CAGAAGCAGUGCAGUAGCAGAUGCAGUAGAGGCAGCAGCACAAACUAAAAAUAACAGCCAUUAAAAAAUAUAGAAAUAGUUCACGAUGCCGUACGAAACAAUGCACCAUUCACAGCAACACCACCACCACCACCAUCAAACAUCCACAGCUAACGGCAUGUACGACUCCUUAAGUUUACAGUUACGCGAUGCUGAAACGCGUCGUUCCGAAAUCGAACGAGCACAUCAAGAAACCUUGGCACAAAUUCGUAAUCUUAGCAGUUCUGGCGGUCGUCAAGAUAUAGAAGCCAUUGAAAAUUUACAAUCUCGUGCCAGAGAACUAGAGAAAAAGGCUGCUUUGGAAAAUGUGCACUGCGAGGAAUUACAAAUUGAAUUAUCUGCUGCCAUGAAAACAAAAUCAUCUCGUUCGAGCUGCGAGCAACGACAGAAUGUUGCGUCGAGUGCCACAGCUACAUCGGGUACCAGUACCUCAGUUACCUGGGCGCCCACAAUAGGCCAUCAUGAUGAUCAGGGUUCCGAAAUUGACAUCAUUAUGGCCAAAAUUGAACAGGAUAAUCGAGUUUUGGCUGAAUUGGAAAAUCCAAGAACAUCAGCCGGUCUAUCAUCCAUGCCCACAAGUUCCAUAUUGAAUACCACAAAUAGCGAAUUUAAAACCAUAUCAAAAUCUGAACUUGAAGAAGAACUGAAUCGUUAUAAGCGUGCAGUACUUGGUGGCAGUAGUGGGAUGUCGGGUACGGUGGGCAGUAGUGCCUACACUGGUUACUCGUCCGCUUUAACCUCCACCCUACCAAACGGUGGUGGCGGUGGUGGUAGUGGUACCGGUAAUACCGGUGUGGUUUCAAGUCAUUCGGGUACCACGUCGUCUGGUCAUGGUCCCGGUCUAACAUCCAUAUCGGCCUUGGUGCCAAAUUCAAUCGGUGGCAUUUCCUCAAGUCUUAGUAGUCAUGCUAUAACGGCUGCCUCAGCAUAUGGUGGGGCCGGAAGUGGCGCUGGCUCAUCGGCCAUUGAUAAGCUGUUGAGUGGAACAAGUGGAAUCACUGGCAUUCCACCAUUGCCGGUAAAUAUUCAUACGAUGAAGUCUAUGCCAUCAGCAUUAAGUCAGAGCACAACUAUGCCUAUACUCUCGCUGAACUCGCAUAAUAUACCAACAGGCACCAGCAGCUACUCGGCACUCGGUUUAAGUGGCACGGGAGCAGGUGCUGGCGUACAUCCGUUGGGUGCCUCUUUGACCCAUCCCACCUUAGGCCUGGAUACCGGCACACUGUUGGGUACGGCUGGCCUAUCUGGUCUGGGCACCGGCUUGGCUGGCACGGCUUCACUUUACGGUUUGGGUUCCGGUGUUGGUGGCAUUGGCGGCAUUGGCGCUGGUUUGCCAAGCUCCUAUGGUCCUCCUCCUCCCUCGUAUCUGGACAUUGGUUCAACCGCCUCGUAUCCAUUCACUUCGGCCGCCAUACGUAAUGCUACGAAAAUGAAAAUGUUGGAUGAGAUCGAUAUACCGUUGACGCGCUUUGGCAAUCGCAGUUCACCUUGCUCACCGAUUCCACCCAGUAAUUGGGGCCUCGAUGAAUUUCCCGACAGCAUGAGCGCCUCAAUGAUGCACAGUCGCGGCGGCUUAGCUUUAGGACACAUGGACAUGGAAUCUCGCAAUCACAAUCUAAAUGGAGUGAGUGAACCACAAGUUGAUAUGUUGGAUAUACCGGGCAAAGGACGUUGUUGUGUAUUCAUCGCCCGUUUUCCUUACGAUCCACCAGACAGAGAUGCUGAGGGCGAGCUGUCAUUAUGUGCGGGGGAUUAUCUUUUAGUAUGGACCAGUGGUGAACCACAAGGCGGUUAUUUAGAUGCCGAAUUAUUAGAUGGUAGACGUGGCCUGGUGCCAGCUUCAUUUGUACAGCGUUUAAUAGGUGAUGAUCUUUUGGAAUUUCAUCAAGCCGUCUUAUCCACUUUGCGAGAUGCCGAAGAUGGUUCGAUGCAAUGUGAUUCGACAUCAUUGCCCUCAUUACCACCGCACAAUCCAUUGCUCACCCACACCCAAGAGGAUUUAGCUAGAUUAAGUGAAACUCAUACUGAUUUGGAACACGAUCAAGAUGAUAUUAGUGAUAAUGUUCCAGCACCAAAGCAUUUGACAUUGGAGAGACAACUGAAUAAAAGUGUUUUAAUUGGAUGGUCGCCACCUGAACCCCUGGGCUACAAUUUGAUUGACAGUUAUCAUGUCUAUGUCGACGGAGUGCUCAAAGUUACUGUUAAAGCAAAUGAACGCACACGUGCUCUAAUCGAGGGCGUGGACUCGAACAGACCUCAUCGCAUUAGCGUACGUAGUGUUGCACAAAAUCGCCAACAAUCUCGAGAUGCUGCUUGUACCAUGAUUAUUGGCCGUGACACUUCACACUUGGGUCCAUCGUCUGUACGUGCUACGCAUAUAACGUGUUCAUCGGCUGUCAUAACAUGGCUGCCAGCAAAUUCAAAUCAUCAGCAUGUAGUUUGUGUAAAUAAUGUCGAAGUACGCACCGUUAAGCCGGGUGUCUAUCGCCACACUAUAACCGGUCUGGCUCCCAGUACUCAGUACCGAGUAACCGUACGAGCCAAACAUUUGCGAGCACCUGGCGGUCACCAGCCACCGGGCCGUCCUCAAGAGGAAGCGCCCGGAGCAUAUGCUGAUUUCCGUACCCUCACAAAAGGGUUGCCUGAUCCUCCACAGGAUAUACAACUUGAGGCUGGUCCUCAGGAUGGUACCAUUCUUGUGACAUGGCAGCCAGUUAAUAGGCCCACCUCAUCGGGGCCUGUAACCGGCUAUUCUGUGUACGCGGAUGGUAAAAAGGUAACCGAUAUCAAUUCACCUACGGGAGAUCAUGCGCUCAUCGAUAUUGGUAAAUUGGGUACAUUCAAUCCCAGAGCCGUAACUAUACGUACUAAAUCCCGAGAAGCACAAUCGGCCGAUAGUGCACCCAUAUUAAUACCAAAUUCUGUUCGUAGUGCUGUAGGUAGAAGGGGACCAAAUCAAAUGGGUAUGGGCAUGGGCCAACACUUACCCCAAGGACCUCACGGUCCUAUGGGCAUGCAACAGCAGCAACAACAUAUGAUGGGCCAUCAGGAUCCUAAUCAGUAUGACCCCAAUCAAAUGCAACAACAACAACAGCCGGGCAUGCAACAACAACCCGGCAUGCAGCAGCAGCAAACCGGUCAACAACAACAAGGCCAGCAGGGCCAACAGGCCGAGGGAAGUACCGGUGUAUUAGGAGGCCUAUUCGGGGGCCUCUUUUCAAAACAAACACCACAAACUCAAACUCAGACUCAAGCGAAUCAAAAUAUUAACGGUUACCCACCGGGCCAACAGCAGCAGCGAAUGAUGCGGCCGCCAGGCGUGCAGGGUAUGCAGCAGCAGCAACAACCAUAUGGACCUCAAGGCCCCAUGGGUCCACAGCAGCGUUUCCCCGGCCAAAGAGGUCCUGCCCCUCCGGGUCAAAUGCAACAAGGUGGACCCAUGCAACAAGGUAUGAUGCCCGGUCAAACGCAGCCCGGCAUGCAACCUGGUGGCAUGCAAGGUACAAUGCAAGGUGCUAUGGGCCUUAGAGGUCCAAUGAAUCAACAGCAGCAAAUGCAACAGCAGCAGCAACAACAACAACAGCAACAAAUGCAACAAGGCCAAAUGAUGCCCGGCCAACAAGGUCUAACACCACAACAACAACAGCAGCAGCAGCAACAACAGCAGCAGCAACAGAUGGCUGCGGCCGCCCAGAAAAAGCCCCGCUACUUUGUUGCCAUGUUCGACUAUGAUCCCAGCACAAUGAGUCCAAAUCCAGAUGGAUGCGACGAAGAACUGCCAUUCCAAGAGGGUGACACUAUUAAGGUCUAUGGUGAUAAGGAUGCCGAUGGUUUUUAUUGGGGUGAAUUGCGCGGUCGUCGUGGCUAUGUACCCCAUAAUAUGGUAACCGAGGUUGAUGACGGCACUGGUCAAAUGGGCCAAAUGGGCGGCCAGAUGCCUCAACAACCGGGCGGUGGUACAGGCCAAGUAAUGCCCGGCCAAGUUGGCACUCAACAAAGCAUGCGAAAUGUUAGUCGUGAUCGUUGGGGUGAUAUCUAUGCAAAUAUGCCAGUAAAGCGUAUGAUCGCCUUGUACGAUUACGAUCCACAAGAGCUAAGUCCCAAUGUGGAUGCCGAACAAGUGGAGUUGAGUUUUAAAACGGGUGAAAUCAUACUUGUGUAUGGUGAUAUGGAUGAAGAUGGUUUCUAUAUGGGUGAAUUGGAUGGCGUGAGAGGUUUAGUACCGUCUAAUUUCUUAGCCGAAGCGCCCGAUACAUAUAGCAAUCAAAUGAUGCCUGGUGGUGGCCCUGCAGGACGCGGUGGCUUGGCCAGUCAAAGGGGCAGAGGUCAAGGGCCGGGUGCUAGAGGACCGCCACCACCUCCUCGCGAUAAUAUGAUGCCUGGUAUGGCGGGACCUCGUGGUCCCCAAGGAAAAAAUGCUCGCCCUGCUUCCCCUACACUGUUAGACAACACGGGCCACCCUGCCCCCGAUCACCAAACGCAGGGGAUGAUCGGUCGCGGUGGUAAUGUUGCUGGCAUGCAGCAGCAACAACAACCUUAUGGUCAGCAACAAACGCAAAUGGGACAACAACAACAGCAGCAACAGUUACAGCAGCAGCAACAACAACAACAACAGCAGCAGCAGCAAAUGGGUCAGCAGAUGGGGCAAAUGGGCCAGAUGGGUCAGCAGGGUAUGAUGGGUCAACAGCAGCAGCCAAUGGGUCAACAGAAUCAACAGCAAAUGGGUCAGAUGGGUCAGCAGAUGGGCCAGAUGGGUAUGAUGGGCGGCCAGCAGCAACAACAGCCUGGUCAGCAGAUGGGCCAAAUGGGAAUGAUGGGCCAGCCGCAACAACAACAACAGCAACAACCUCCUCCCGUAUCGCAACCCUCAGGCGGUUUAUUAUCCGGUGCAACUAGUUUGCUCUCGGGCGCUACUUCGGCUGCCACCGGUGGUCUAUUUGGAUCUAAACAACCACCAAAACAAGAUCCAAUGCAACCACAAGGUGGUGCGCAGCCAACGCAGCAAACAUCAACCGGCCUGGGAGGAUUAUUUGGCGGCGGUCAACAGCAACAGCAGCAGCAACAACAGCAGCAGCAACAACAACAACAACAGCAACCCCAGCAACAACAACAGCAGCAGCAACAACAACAACAACCACAAGUGCCACCUCAAGGUCAACAGCCACCACCACAAAGCCAAGGGCCCGGUGCUGGUCUGCUGGGCGGUCUCAAAGGUAUCGCCGCAGCAGCGCCGGGUGGUGAUGUGCUGUCGAAAGGUAAGGAUCUCUUUGGCAAAUUCGGAUUCGGUUUUGGCAAAUAACCCCGGUCAUAUUGUAGGUCGUUUUUAUAUAUAUAUUAUAUUAAUAAUAACUAUAUUAAUAAAUUACUAAUAAUUAAUUAAUUA